AUGAACCAAGAUACAUUAUGUGCUGAUGUCUACCAAGGUCUUACAGAUACUGUUAAUAAUAAUAAUAAUGAACUAUCUUUAAGUACUCUUGAAUCCACCUUGAUAAAUUUGGAACAAUGA